CCCCACAGCAGGAGAACGAGCAGCUCGUCUCAUUCCGCCGCUUCCUCAGCAUCCAUCGCAGAGGAGCGAGCCGCAGAAAACACAAACUGGAGAGAAAGAAAGGAUCAAAUCCACUGAUGAGGGAGGAUACUACGGAAAAGAAGACAUAAUUCAGGCUCACUGGCAUCCACUGUCACAUGUCACAGCUUUGGUAGAGGUGCGUGAAAGUUUCCAUCCUUAAAAGAGAGGAGGGGGGACACCCUCCUCUUGAUGUGGGGAUGAAGAGCAGAUGCUGAAUUUCCCUCUGAAGGCAGGAGAAGAGCUGCUGAACAGAGGACCGGCUGGAUUCGCUGCUAGUUUCUCCUGUUUUCCUCCUGCUCAGUUUUUCCCUUCACCAUUCUUUCAGAAGAAUACAUGACAUUACUUCAGGCUGGAAUAUCACAGUGGAAAUCGUCUCCAACCAGGAAAGUAUAAGGGAGUGGAUUAUACACAGGUUGAGUGAAGGACAUGUUUCCCAGUAAAAGUAAGUUGUGAUCAGAAGAAGCUCUAAAUGUGGCUCUGAUUCUGAGACUCUGAGGAUUUUCACCUUUUCUGUGGAGCAGCACUGAGCUCUCUGACGGCUUAUCUUGGACUAUUGGAGUUUGGAUAAUAUUGGAAGAGUAACUCUGCAUGUGCAGCUGUCAACUCUUUCUCCUGGGAAGAAGCAGAAAUGUUCUUCACCUUCAUACGUGAGAUGCCUGGGAGUAAGUGACCUGUGAAUAGAGUCGCUCUGGGGAUUUUCUAAAGGACUUCUUGAUUCUGUAACAUUGUUGGAACAUCGGACGUUACAAAGGCCAGGAGAUAAAAGAGCAAAAGUCGAAGCAGAAAGAGCAGAAGAAGAGAGAAGAACAGAGCAUGGCUGAGAGGAUGAUUGCUUCUGAAAGUGAACCGUGACAGAAUGGUGGACUGUAUGAACAAAGUCAUGCUGCACACGGUCGUCUCAUGCUGGCAGCCAUUCCUUGGACUGGUACUGGUGGCCGCCUUUGUGGGCUCUUCUCUAGGAUGUCCCUCACGCUGCGAGUGCUCGGCUCAGACCAAGGCCGUCGUCUGCCACCGCAAGCGAAUGCCCACCAUCCCAGAUGGCAUCCCGACCGAGACCAGGAUCCUGGACCUGAGUAAAAACAAGCUGACAAUGAUCAACCCUGAUGACUUUAUUAACUUCCCUGGACUGGAGGAACUGGACCUGAGUGGGAACCUGAUCAGCUACGUCGAGCCUGGAGCUUUUAACGCCUUGUUUAACAUGCACUCACUCAGUCUGAAGAGCAACCGAAUCAAGCUCAUCCCUCUGGGGGUUUUCACAGCCCUGACCAAUCUAACCCAACUGGAUAUAAGUGACAACAAGAUCGUCAUUCUUUUGGAUUAUAUGUUCCAGGAUUUACAUAAUCUGAGGUCUUUGGAAGUGGGAGACAACGACCUGGUUUAUAUUUCUCACCGUGCGUUCAGCGGACUCCUGAGCCUGGAGGAAUUGACCUUAGAACGAUGCAACCUUACAGUUGUACCCACCGAGGCGCUCUCUCACCUGCACAACCUGGUCAGCCUUCAUCUCCGUUACCUCAGCAUUAGCACUUUGCAUCCGUACUCCUUCAAAAAGCUGUUCCGGCUGCGGCAUUUAGAAAUCGAUAACUGGCCUUCACUGGACCACGUGCCAGUGAAUACCCUCCAUGGCCUGAACCUGACCACAUUGUUCAUAACCAACACCAACCUGUCCUCCUUCCCCUACCAAGCCCUGAAGCACCUGCCCUACCUGACCCACCUCAACCUGUCCUUCAACCGGAUCCGCCACAUCGAAGGAGGGAUGCUGAUGGAGCUGGUUCGGUUGCGAGAGUUGCAUCUAGUGGGAGCUCAGCUGACCACCAUCGAUCCGUACGCCUUUCAAGGCCUACGGGGUCUCAAGGUGCUCAACGUCUCCCACAACCGCCUGGACACCCUGGAAAAGGGUGUGUUCCAGUCGCCCGAGGCUCUGGAGGUCCUUCUGAUCGACAACAACCCCUUGGUGUGUGACUGUCGUCUCAUGUGGAUCCUGCAGAAAAAGCACUCCAUUUUGUUUGGAGACUCGCAGCCUGAAUGCAGCACACCCGAGGGGAUCCGUGGUCGGCCUUUCAAGGAGUUCAAGGAGGCGCUCCUGUCUUAUUACGUAACAUGCACCAAGCCAAAAAUUCGCGAGAAUAAAACCCAAACAAUUACAGUGGAUGAGGGCCAGCAGGCGAUGCUGCGCUGCAGCGCCGAAGGGACGCCGAGGCCGAGCGUGUCGUGGCUGUCCCCACGUCGACGAGUACUGACGAGUCGGAACCACGGACGACUGAUGGUGCACAACAACGGCACAUUAGAGAUCAAGUCUGCAGAGAUACAAGACAGUGGCGUGUACCUCUGCCUGGCCUCCAACACUGCGGGAAAUGACACCCUGAUGGCUUCAUUAGCGGUGAAAAGUCUGGGGUCGCUGUACGCCAACAGGACCCAGCAUUACACAGACCCAAACAACGCCACUGCCAAUGAAACGGCCAACAUUUCCCUUGGUCUGGACCUGAAGACUAUUUUAGUGUCCACCGCUAUGGGCUGCUUCACCUUUCUGGGAGUGGUCUUGUUUUGCUUCCUGCUCCUUUUCGUGUGGAGCAGAGGAAAAGGAAAACAUAAAAACAACAUCGACGUUGAAUAUGUACCUCGGUCAAAGUCCAACGGUACCAAUGUUGAUUCAGCAGAGGGACAGGCUGGUCCGCGCCGUUUUAACAUGAAAAUGAUGUAAGUUAAACACACAUAUAUAUAAAAGAGAGACAGAAGAGGACUGGAUUGUGGACACAGCUGGAGUAUAAAGUAUUUUUUUGAAAAUAGAACGACAGAAUGAAAGUGGUUGUGAAACUUUUUAGGCUAUCUAGCAUAAAGGGACAUUCUGUAAAUCACUGGAUUGACGCCGAGUUCAGCAGCGAGAAGCACAUUACACGUCUUACAUAACUGCCAGCUGGCAACUUCUCAGAAGAGGCAUGGAAACAGCUGUUGCCAUGGGGACCUAAAGGCAAAAGGUGUCAUGUAUUAACUUUUUGAAAUUUGUAUGUACAAAAAGAAGCCCUUAGUUUUGGGUUGACUACAGACUCAUCUACACAAUGUACAGUAUGAAUUUGUAUCUAAGCUAUUAACCUACUUUGUUUAGUCCUGCGCCAUGCUUAUUCGCUGAACAACGAGAGAGACCCUGAGUCCUUCUGUUCAGGAUGUUUACUGAAUGCUUCAUUAUGUACCUGUGUGGAUAUUCAUUCAACAGAACUAUUCAUAGCAAUAUUCAUGGGAUACAUUAGCCAAAAUUGCAACCCCACAAGUUCAGCAAGAACGAGUUUCCAUUGAUUUAGGAAGGGCUUCUCCUCUACGGCUGAGUUUCUGUCCCUGUGCCCCGAUUGCCACCUGGAUAAUAUGAAACAUAUAGAAUUUACUAAUAAUAAAUAUUUAUGGAAAAUGUUGAUAAUUUUUGCAAAAGCCAACGCUCUAACACUGUUCAGGACCUAACACGAACCUUUGAUCAUCCUGAAAACGGCCUAGUCCAGGUCACAAACCACCUUUUUGUCCUAUUUUUGUCUUUUUUUACUUUAACUGUAUCUUUGCUGGUUGGCUAACUACAUGUGUCAGUUUUACAAAAGUGACAUCUGCAUCAUUUUCCCCUGUAGAAAAUUUGGACUUUGUUGUGGUAGUUCUUCAUUUUGUUGUUGAAUCAUUUAGAUUGUAAAAACUACAAAAAAGUAAAAGUUGAAAAAAUGUAUGUGAAAUAAAUGAAUAUGUAUUUGUACCUAUGUGUCAGAUUAUUCCUGCUAAUAUUUCUAACAUUAUGCUGGAUUGAGUUUACAGUUUGUCGCUGCAUCAUAUAGAUAUCAGACACAGGAUGUGCAACUCUGCAGAUUUCAGUCUCAGAUUCUCUAUUUUCCUUUGCAGGUUUACCUCACUGAUAAUAUCUAAAGUACUAUAAAAUGAC